AUGUCUUGGCUCCUGGACGACGUGGUGGGCCCCGACCGACUUGACCAGGCGCUCCGUUGGGCAUUCGAGGGCGCGCAGUCCGUUUCCAUCCCGGGCCCUGCCACCCCAGUCGCGGUCAGCACUAUUCAGCAGCCCGAUGCGGGCUUAGAGCUGAAGGUCCAGGCCUUCUUAAAGGAGGCAGUGAUCGAGGGAGCCGAUGGCAUGUCCGCUUUCACCCCUGUGCAAGCCGUCGACCCCAACGACCUGCGCAUGAAGGUGAGCUGGGGCACGAAGGAUCGCCCUGCUUUCGGCCUGGGAGUGGACGUCCAUGUGAAGGUGGAGGCCAUUGACCUGAAGACGAAGCUGCCACAGGCCUCAGUGGAGCAGGAAAUGAGCCUGCACUUGGGCCUCCUCUCGCCUUCGCUUGAUGUGACAGGAGAGGUGCUCGUGCUGCAGAGCGAGUGGCCGGGCCAGCACACGCUGGCACAGUUCUUGGUGGCUCCAAAGGAGUGCCUCACCAGUGUCUUCAAGAAGGCGCCCGCGCUCAAGAAGCUUCAGGUGCAGUUCGGUGGGCUGUCUGCCCCGCUGAGCUUCCAGGCAAAGACCGUUGGUGCUUUGGAGGCCUCCCUGGCAGCCCUGCUCAACAACGGCGUGGCCCUCUUCAACAAGGUCUAUGAGCCCCUGUUGCCCGGCGCCAUCCAGCGCUUUGCGGGCUCCGAGGCGCUCAUUGAAAAGUUGAAUGCCCAGUUGCAACAACAGCUGAAGCCAUCCCAGUGCAUCUCUCCUGCCAUGGCUUCGCAGCAUGUGCGGCAGACGGUUCCGGAGUACUACAGCAACUGGCCGCCCAUCUUCAACAAUUUCGCUCGCAAGUGGAUCGACAAUUUCUUUGAUGGCCUCAUUGCGCACAACACGAGUGCCUUGGACCAGGGCUUGUCAAACAUGCCGAAGCUCCGACUGCCCUUGGAUGCCAAGUUCAGCCUGAGAGAGAUUCUUGUGUCUGGUCUGGAUCAGGUGAGCAAUCUUCGCGUCUUGGUCCCCUCCGAUGACCACAAGAGCUGGCUGGGCAUGAGUGCGGUUGCCAAGUGCCCAACACCGCAGGCGCCCUGGUCCCCGACCAUCUCUGUGACCGGUGCCGUAGAAGCGGGGAACUUCAAGGGCAAUGGCUCCAUGAUCACGGAGAUGCCCUGUGGCACGGCCGAUGCACAGUUGGAUGUGGAGCUUGACCUGUGGAACCUGCUGGACAUGGAACUGCCGCCGAGCAUGACGUGCGCCCUCCUGUCGCCGUUCUCGCACUUGGAUAUCCAGACGGUGGAUGCCACCUGGAAUGGCAACGGCAACGUCAUCAUCAAGCCCGUUGACGGCCCCGCACAGGAGCCCAUCAAGCAGCUGUGCGAGUUGCACCCGCGCGCGUGCGAGCUGGGAGUGAAAUUCCGAAAGUAUGUCUCCACCACAGCAGGAGCUACACGCUUGUACCACUUGGCACGUGAUGUGGUCCUCGCUCAAUGCACGGACUUGCCCAAGCUGUCUGCGCCAGCACCGACGGCUGAUGCCCUUCCAAAGGAUGCCCUGGGAUACAGCUACGUCUCGCCGGACAGCGUAAAGCUUUGGCUCGCCGCGGUGCUUAUCACCCUGGCACUGUCUUGCACGUACAGCUUCUGUGCCCAGCUUGGGAAGCUCAUCCGUGGUGAUGACUGCAGCGACGUGACGCCUACCACGCCUUUGCCCCUAGCCACAAUUUGCUGGUUCGGAUGGCGGCGCUCACAGGCCGGUAUCCCAAAGACGGCCACCCUGGUCGCCAGCACGCUCAUGGCAGCAGGACUUGUGACCCGUAUCUUGGCUUGCUUCUGGCUGCCCUUCGCUGCUGCGGGCGUGGAGAUCACCCAGGCCUCUGGAGCCACCGUCUUCAAGGACGACGCCCUGCUGGAAUACACCUUUUUCGGCAUUGGCGUGCAGUUCGGCGUCGGAGGCUCCCUCUACUGCGAAGUCCUUUGGUUCUUCAUGUCCUUGGUGUCGUCCCUCUCCUGCCAUGUCAUCAUGGCGAUGGUGUGGUUGACGCCUUUCCUAGCACAGCACCGCCGGAAGCUUCUUCUCAUCGCCCUGGUGCUUGGCCGCUUCCCACUUUCUGAAAUGGAGACCACUGGCAAUACGGCCAUGGCCUUGAGCAACGACGUACUGAUGCCCUUGGGCAUGAAGCAGACCCUGGGACUGGGCCUGCAGGCUGGAGCCUACUGCUCCUGGUUCUCGACCGUCAGCACGCUGUGUGCCAACCUUCUUCUCUUGAAGCUGCUGCCGCGCCCCAUCAAGGAGAAGGAUUGGGCUGCGGGCAAAGCACCGGUGCAGGUGACCGUCAUGCAGGGCUUGGCAAGUGCGGCCAUGGUGGCAGGCAUCUGCAUGUGGUUCUUUUGCGACUUCAUGGAGACUGUCACCGGGGGACUUGCAGGAGCACUUAUUGAUCCAUCGAGAUUCAGUGCCGAAAGCUUGGGUGCAACCGAUGUGCGUCUGAGGGUCAUGUUUCUCUGCACCGCUGUCGGCUGCCCCAUCCUGCACAUUGUCGCCUUCUUGCUGGGUCUCUCCGGACAGGUGCCAGGCGUGGCGCGAAGCUUGGCCGGCUUUGCGGCAACUUUCUGCUUGCUGGACCUCUUUGCCAUCGGCUACUUGGUCACCUUCAUCGAGGGCGUGAACGGUUUCGCCUCCUCCGCCAUCCGCGGCCUGGCCCCGGCCGUCUGCGAGGUUGCUCAGGAGGCUGUCCAAGAGGACUGCCUGACCAUGCAGAUCAACGUGGUUCCCUUGGGCACCAUUGGGCUGCUGUUGGCGACGGGUGCUUGGAACGUCCUCUUCGGUGUGCAGGUUCUUGGUGUCGGCCAAGGGAAGCCUCAGGUACGCGAGGUUCGAGAUGCCAGCACGCCCUCCACCUUUCAGGAGUGCAGAGACCCUGUUAACACCGCUGCCUGA